UUUUAAAGGAUUUAUAGGAUAUCGAGAAUUAAUGUGGAUAUCGAGAAAUUUAAAAUAUAUUGAUGAUUUGGGGUAUUUGAAGGGAGAUCAAGGAAUUUUGUGGAUUAAGAAUGAUAUCAGGAGAGUAGUUAGUUACCACACAGGUUUCGGGGCAGAGGGAAGUGCCGGCAAUAUUUUGAUUGAUGUUCAACGGGUUUCCGACAACCUAUUGAUGGGUUUGGCGGUUGAAAAUUUUCUUAUGAAAAUUUUUAAAAAUUAUAAAAGUUCAAAAACAAAAUUAAAUAAAAAUUUAAUUUUAAAAUAAAAAAAUAUUUUUUGGUUAAAGGAUGAUGUAAUUGUGAGACAAAUUAAAAGAAGAACAUAAAAGACAAAUAGGUAGUUAUGAAAUUAACCGCUAAAGGAAAAGCAUAAAGGGCAUAUAUUUAAUUCAAUUAACGAUUAAACACAACAUAGUGACUUAAGAAGAAUUUUGAGUGACUUCAAGAAGGGUAAAUGUCGAUUUGGAGGGAUAUAAUGGGAUUUUAAAGGAUUAAUAGGAUAUCGGUGAAUUAAUGUGGAUAUCGAAAAUUUAAAGGGAUUUUGAUGAUUUGGUGGUAUUGGGAGGGAUAUCAAGGAAUUUUGUGGAUUAAAAGUCAUAUCAGGAGAGCAGUUAGUUAUCAUAUAGGUUACGGACAGUUGGAA